AUGGACGAUCUUCUCUUGGCUGCGUCAACAGGAUCUACUUUAUUUAAUUUAUUAGUGAUAUUUUGUGCUUUCCGUUUAUUUAAAAGAAGUGGAGAUACAAUGCAUGUAUUCAUUAUUAGUUUAUAUGACUUUUGGAGAUCUUUUAUUAACUGGUUAGUGAAGAGAGUGUUUUCUUUUAAAAAUAUUUUAAAUAUAUUUUUUAAAGUUUUUUGUCAUCCAAAUGAAUUUUUAAUAAGAAAACAUGCAUUUCUUCGGCAUGUUCACCUUUGUGCCAUAAUACACUAUUGUAAUUGGUUAGGGCUAGCAGUUUCUGGAUUAUCACUAACAUUAUUAAAUGUCGAUAAAUUAAUAUAUUUUCGAUGGCCACUUUCUUACGAACGUGCAAUGUCUAAAAGGAGGGCUGUUUGUUUGUGUGUCGGUGUUUGGGGGGUUUCUUUAGGUUUUGUUUCCUAUGUUUGGCUGGAAAAUAUUGUUUUUGUUACAACUGAUUGUAUGCUACAAAUGGCUGAUAAUUCUAAAUAUUUUUAUGAAAUAUUUAUGAUUUUAUUUUGUGUUUUACCUGUCAGUUCUUCUUUAGUUGUUAGUACUUAUUUAUUUAGACUAACAAGACAAAAAUUAAAUUCACCUAUUGGCCCAACAAGUCAAGCUGCUAAUGUUGAUAUGCCUACUUUUAAAAGCAAAUUAAAAUCCCUCGUAUUUAUUUUUGCAACAACAGCUUGGACAUCAUUCUCUUUAUUGCCAUACAGAAUAUUUAAUAUUUGUAGAAUUCACUUAUUUGAUUGGCCAAAUAUUGGUUGUGAACAAAGGGUUAUUAUGAAUUGGAUUGCUUGGAUAUUGCUAUAUUUAUUGACUUUAAAUCCUAUUGUAAAUCCAUUAAUUACAACACUUAUUUAUGCUCCCUAUCGUUUACAUUUAAAGAGAUUAUUGUUACACAUUCCACGUGGUAAUAGACUUCAAUAUAGUGCUUAUACAAGGGAUGCUAAUACAGAAAAUAGGUAA